AUGAAUCCGCAACUUGCGUACGGGCAAUAUCCGCCACAAACUUGGCCACAACAGCAAGUUGCCCCACAGGCGGGAGGACCCCCACCAGCGCCGAUGCCUAGCAUGAAUGGAACACAACCCAAUCAUCAAUUGUCCAACCAGAUGCAAAAUAUGUCUUUAUCGGGUCCUCCACCACCUCAGCAACAACAGGGUCCUCCAAAAAUGGGUGUACCCAAUGCGAAUGGUCCCGCCAUGGCCGCACCCCUACCAUCGUCUAAUUUUUCGAAUCAACAGCCUCCUAUGGUACGUCCACCGUCGACCGGGGGCCCAGCACCGGCUGGAUAUGGUCCACCUUCUCAGCAACAACCGGCACCACAGGGCCCGCCCAUGAUGAGUAAUGGACCAUCAGGGCCACCGCCUGCCGGUGGUGUUAGACCUCCGGCACCAAUGACCGGUGGAUACGGUCAAAGCAAUGGGCAUCAAAUGGGUGCUUCCGCUCAGCAGUUUGGAGCAGCCGUGUCACCGAUGGCCGCACCUGGUGGAGGACCUCCACGCCCUGGUCAACCUUUUCCACCUCAGCCGGCCAGUUUUCCACAACAACCGCAACCUACUGGAUAUCCAGCUGCUCCUGGUGGUGGUGCACCGCCACAAACACAAGGUGGUCCAUAUGGUGGACAUCUUGGCGGUCCAGCGCCUCUCCAGCCACAGCAACAAUUCCCAGGAUCGGGGCUGCCUGGACAACAAAUGCCUCCGCAGCAACAGCAGCAGCCACCCCAAGGAUAUCCGGUCCAGCCGGGUCAGGUGCCACCAAUGGCCGGCGGUCAAAUGCCUCCUCGAGUAUAUAAUCAAAUGCCGCCCGGUGCGGGUUAUAAUCAAAUGCCUCCCAUGGCUGGCCAACCUCACCAGCAGCAGCCACCCCAGCAUCAGCUUCAUCAACAUCAACAGCAGGGGUACCAUCAAGGUGGACCAGCGGGUAUGAUGGGUGGUCACUAUCCAGCACCACCCCCAGUACCACAGCAGAAGCGUCUCGAUCCAGAAACGAUGCCCAACCCGAUUCAGGUGAUGGUGGAGAACCAGGAUAACUGUGGUGGUAUCUUUUCCACCAGUCAGCCCGGUCAGUUGCCACCGCUCGUGACGACCAAGUUCGUCACGCAGGACGAGGGCAACACCAGCCCACGCUUCGUUCGUUCGACGAUGUACAACAUUCCGCAAACGGCCGAUAUGAUGAAGCAAAGCGCUGUCCCGUUUGCGCUUAUCAUUUCGCCCUUUGCACGCACGGUCGAGGGUGAAUUGCCGAUCCCGAUCGUGGACUUUGGCGAGAUGGGCCCGAUCCGGUGCAUCCGCUGCAAAGCAUACAUCUGUUCGACGAUGCAGUUCCUGGACGGAGGUCGUCGCUUCCAGUGUCAAUUUUGUAAGGCAACGACCGAAGUGCCGCCCGGAUACUUUCAGCAUCUCGAUCACACCGGGCAGCGUAUGGAUAAGUACGAGCGGCCGGAACUAGUGCUCGGUACGUACGAGUUUGUCGCGACGAAGGAAUACUGUCGCAACAGUACGCCACCCAAACCGCCCGCAAUGGUGUUCCUGAUCGAUGUGUCGUACAACAACGUCAAGUCGGGGCUGGUGCAGCUUUUGUGCGCCCAGAUGAAGAACAUUAUACGCCACCUGCCGGUAGAUCAGAACCAGCAGCGUACGUCGAUGAAGGUCGGCUUCAUCACGUACAACAGUUCGGUGCAUUUUUACAAUCUGAAAAGUUCGCUCGCCCAACCGCAGAUGAUGGUGGUGGGUGAUUUGCAGGAGAUGUUUAUGCCACUGCUCGAUGGGUUCCUGGUAGAUCCGGAGGAGUCGGCUACCGUGAUCGAUGCACUGAUGGAACAAAUCCCGAAAAUGUUCGGUGAUACGCGCGAAACGGAAACGAUUUUGCUGCCGGCUCUGCAGGCCGGUGUGGAAGCGCUGAAAGCAUCGGAAUGCGUUGGCAAACUGUACGUGUUCCAUUCGUCGCUGCCGAACGCGGAAGCACCGGGCAAGCUGAAGAUACGUGACGAUCGCAAAUUGCUGGGUACGGAUAAGGAAAAAACGGUCCUAACACCGCAAUCGACCGUCUACAACAUGCUGGCGCAGGAAUGUGUGUUGGCCGGUGUUUCGGUGGAUCUGUUUGCGUUCAACAAUGCGUACAUCGAUUUGGCGACGAUCGGACAGGUGGCUCGUUUGACCGGUGGCGAAGUUUACAAGUACACUUAUUUCCAGGCGGAUAUAGACGGUGCACGGUUGGUGAACGAUCUGCUGAAAAACAUUUCGCGCCCGAUCGCAUUCGAUGCGGUGAUGCGCGUACGCACCUCGACUGGUGUCCGUGCAACCGACUUUUACGGUCACAUGUUUAUGUCGAACACGAAGGAUAUGGAAAUUGCCAGCAUCGAUUGCGACAAGUCCGUGUCGGUGGAAAUUAAACACGACGAUAAGCUUACGGAUGAGCUGGUGCUGAUACAGGUGGCGCUAUUGUACACCUCGUGCUCCGGUGUUCGACGACUACGCGUUCACAAUCUGAACCUGAAGAUGUGCACGUCGCUGUUGGAUUUGUUCCGCUGUUGCGAUCUCGACACCACACUGCUCUACUUCGCCAAGCAGGGGCUUACCAAGCUGAUGGACAACAAUCCGAAGGCGGUAAAGGAUGCAAUUGUGCACCGUGCGGUACAGCUGCUCGCCUGCUACCGUAAGCAUUGCGCUUCACCGACCUCAUCCGGCCAGUUAAUUCUUCCGGAGGGUAUGAAGUUGUUGCCGCUGUACGUGAACUGUCUGCUGAAGAACGAUGCAUUCUCCGGCGGGUCGGACAUUUCCAUCGAUGAUCGUUCGUACGUGAUCUACUACGUGAUGAGCAUGGAUUUGCCCACCUCGGUGCAUUAUUUCUAUCCGCGCUUGAUUCCGCUGCACGAUGUGAACGUGGAGGGUGGCGAUGCGGUCCCGGCGGCCAUUCGUUGUACGGGCGAUAAGAUGCUUGAGGACGGUGCAUACAUUUUGGAAAAUGGUGUUCAUAUGUUCUUGUGGUUGGGAUUGUCGCUGUCGUCCGAAUUUACCCAAUCGGUGUUUGGAGCACAGUGCACGCAGCAGAUUGAUACUGAUCGUACGGGUUUGCCAGUAUUUGAUAAUGCUCUUUCGAAGCGUAUACGGGGUAUCGUUGACAAGAUCCAGGAGCAGAAGCGUCGUUGCAUGCGACUAACGCUCGUUAAACAGCGUGACAAACUCGAAAGUGUAUUGCGCCACUUUUUGGUAGAGGAUCGUGGCACUACCGACGGGUCGGUGAGUUACGUAGACUUCCUCUGUCACGUGCACAAAGAGAUUCGGCAAAUGCUGAGCUAG